GUUGACACCGAAUUGUCGUUUUUCACCCCCCCCCCCCCNCCCCCCCCCCCCCGUCCAACUCCGCUACAAACCACACCCAUAUUCAAAUCUGUUGAAAAUAUUGCAUCUCUUUAUUUCUCCUGUGAAAUAGGUGGUGAUGAUGUUCAGCAGUUGGUCGAGCUAUUACAAGAGCCGGAAGAAUUUGCCGAUUUGCUCAAACUUGUUGGAAUGGAUAAAAAACCUUUACAUGUGCGACGAUUCAAAAAGGCACUCCGUGAAUCUUUCAACAGCCAAAAUAAGCAGAAUGACGAUUGUUCGAGAACAGUCGCAUCUGCGGUGAUUUCGGAUACUAUGGAUAAACUCAGCACGGAUUUGUUCCCAUCACCGAAUUUCCCAUUUCCCACAAUCAGCAGUUCCCCACUGAUCGCGUGUACAACAAAACGACACGUUCUACUGUUUCUAUGCUGGCUACUUGAAUCUCGUUUAGUCAAAUUAAUCCUCUCCCUCUUCGGCCCAGAUUCACCGUCACACCACCCGCUCUUGAUCAGUGCACUCUCAACUCCAGUAGCAUCAGCACCAAGCCCACCAACUGGUCUGACCAUCGUUACACCAGCAACAACCAAAUCCAACUCACUGCCCCCGAUUAUCUCACCAGGCCAACAGCCUCGAUCCGGGCGGAGUAGUUGUGAGCCGGACCCAUGGUCAGCCCAAAUUCCGAAUGAACUCUCGACACAGAAUGAAUUAAACGGAAUGGGACGGCAGUUCUCUCAACCCAAUCUCACGUCGCCCAUGGAUGAGAGUUCGAAUGUGCUCAUGAAAACAGAAAUGGAUCGCGUAUCAUCCCCAAUCUCGUUUGUUCCUGAUCAGCUCAUGUUCCACUUGACAUCCACAAACAAUCCGUCCAUGGCUUUGCGUCCCAGUGCUUCGUUGUUGAAAGCGGACAUGGAAAAGUUGACUGCGGCAGUGAACGCGAUGAUCCCACAUUUGCCUUCAUUCCCGUUAAGGCAGAUGAAUACACGAAGUAUCAAUGACAAAGAAAUACAGGAGAUUUUGAAGCUUCCACUGAACGACCCAAUACGCCUGGAUGGGUUGCGCCGGCAUUCGACUAUCUUCGGACGGUUUGACGCCCCAAAACGACUGACUCGACCACUCAGACAUUUCGAGGUCUGUGUCAACGAGAUCACGCAUCGUUUGGUUCGACAAAUUCCCGAACUGGUGACGCAACGGGAACACCUAUUUCAUAUUGCCCGGCAAAUUUUUGUUGUCGAUUGCUCGUGUUUACUGCUCAUAAGAAAACGGAACUGUGAUAUUGUCACUUUAUCCACUCCAAAAUCCGACCCGAUAUAUGGAGCCACUGAGAAUUUGGAGCGAAAGCACCGAUGUACUGUCACACCGGUUCCUUUUUUCUAUCAUGCACUCAAUCGGCUCAGCUUCCUAUUUGUCGGACAUCUCAAGCGAACUCCCAACGGUUGA